UGUUUGUCACUAUGCUACUUUGCUCAUGCUUGAGUCGGCCGGAUUUUGUAUGGAGUAAUACUUCUGAGAUAUUGUCUGAAGAUUUAUUAUACAUCCCACGAAAUGAUCCAACCUUGUCAGAUAUUAAUGUGCCACUGGUUGCAAAGGAAGAAGCUGCACUUCGUGAGAUUGAUUCACUUCUUCAUAGUAAUGGCAAGUCAUUGCAAGAUUUUUCGUCACUUCCAUUGCCAGUAGUAACAUCAAACUUUGAUGUCACAAAUCAUCUAAUGCUACAGGAAUUAAACUAUGAUCGUCAAGCCUUGGGUAUAGAAGCUACAAAGUUGGUAAAAUCUCUUAACUCUGAGCAAAAACAUGUCUUUGACAAUGUCAUGUCAUCAGUUUACUCCCCCUAUGGUGGUUUUUUCUUUGUCUAUGGUUACGGGGGAACUGGAAAGACUUUCUUAUGGAAUGCUUUGUCUUCAUCACUUCGUGCGAAAGGAGAGAUUGUCCUAACUGUUGCAUCAAGUGGCAUUGCUGCUACUUUAUUGCCUUCUGGAAGGACAGCGCAUUCCAGGUUGGAGCACCUAUAAUGCUAUUGAGGAAUAUUGACCAAGCGUCUGGUCUAUGCAAUGGUACACGGUUGCGCAUUACUCGGCUAGGGAAAAAUGUUAUUGAGGGCAUAACAUUGAAUGGUUC